AUGACGACCCCCCAGAAUUUGUCACGACGACAGCUCAUCAAUCGCUAUUGGAAGGCUGUCAUCACCUUGACAAUGCUUCUCUUCAUAUUCGCCCCUGCACGUCCUGCCAGUCUAGCUAGGUUGGAUGAAGAAAUCAUCCUCCAAAUGGCCCAUCGCAUGACUAACCUUGCCGUUCCAUGCCCCGAGGAUCUGCCAGUAAAUGUCCAAGACAAUCCCCCUCCUAAUACGAAAACCGUUGCGACGUUCAAGGGUUUUGAGAAGCUUCCUCAGGAGUAUUUACGCCAAGGUCACACACUAUACUGCAGUCUGACGAGCCCAGAUUCCUCUUGGCCCAAUGACUUUCGUUACAUCUACGCACUGCCCGAGGACACUGCCAGGUUCUUUUUACUCGAGAUUAACACUUCUGUGGUUAAUCAACCUGUCAUUUCCCCAGUCGUUGAGCGAAGCAGACGAAUCUCUCUUGUUGAGAAGGAACGUCGUCGCAGAUUGGCGAGGAUCAUUGAAAGAAAGAUUGAGGAAUCCUUUAUUCAGAAUGGUCUUGACGCCUUGAAGAAGUUGCGAGUGGGACUGUUUGUUUAUCUGACGGCUCUGAUUAAGCCAAUGUUUUUCUAG